UCGAGUAUAGCGUCUGUCUUUGCUAUUACCUUCUUCUGCCAAAAUCAUGACUCAUCCUUUCACAUACUGAGUGAAAUGUAUCGACACAUUUUUAAAGCAUAUGAAAUAAAACUUUCACAUUCAUGAACGUGAAAGUAGUGAAAGAACACAGAAUAGCAUUACUCAUUUUGUCUCGUUUCGUAACCAAACGUGAGCCAUGUAUAGAAAGAAACGACGUUUACAUCUUACGAUUCUCGUUAUGCACAUAUUCCUUCUUCUUAUUUUUUAAGCUACCCGGUUAACUGGACACUCCAACCGCCCGGCUUACCUGUAGAUUAAUCUACUUGAUAACCUUAUCUAAUCCAUUAUAUGUCUGCAACUAGUUGAACCGGUCGGUUAAUUGCCCGGCUGGACCUAGAUCCAUCGGUCGGUUAAGUAGGCGGUUAACCUAGUUGAUAACCUCCCUGUGUUUAAUCUAUUUGAUACCAGAAACUAGCUUAAUCGGUCGGUUAAGUGGGCGGUUGGAGCUAGAUCAGAUAGAGCUAGCUGGAUCGGUAGGUUAAGUGAGCGGUUAACCUAGCUGAUAAUCUUCCUGUGUUUAAUCUAUUUGAUACCAGAAACUAGCUUAACCGGUCAGUUAAGUGGGCGGUUGGAGCUAGCUGGAUCGCUCGGUUAACGUCAUUCUAAGCAAAGUUCUUAUUCUAUGGAUCUUAUCGACCAAGAUUCCAGCUACUUAUAUCACAGUGUGAACCUUUUUGGAUGCUCUCUACAAAAAAGAAAAAACAAAUGUCCUAAACUUUCCUACUCGUGGUAAAUGUGAUGCAAAAAGUGGCCUGCGCACAAAAUGCAUUUUUUCUCGAAAACUGUUUUUUUGCUACCGCGCUUCGUUGGAUCAUACUACGACCCCUCUUAAAUUUCAACCGAUCGAGUUAAAAAUUUUUUUUGUCGUACACUUUAUUGUCUGUUUUUUGACAAAUCAAUUUUAUGGUUUAUAACAAACUUUGUAUUUUAGCCAAUGAAAGCCGUGGACAUUGAUUCAGAAGAACUGACAUCUGCUGACUUGUAUCACGCUUGCGAAAACAAUAAUAUUGAAGACGUAAUGCGUUAUAUUAAAUCAGCAAAUAUUAAUAAUAUAAUUAAUGAAAACCUACAUCCAAGUGGAAGUACUGCUUUACAUAUUGCUUCGCACAAAGGACAUAAUGACAUUGUAAAAUUAUUGCUGAAAAACGGUGCAUUUCGUUCAGUAACAAAUAAAUAUGGAUUAACACCAUUUGAAGAAGCUCGAACUGAAGCGACAAAAGAUUGUUUUCGACAAAUAAAUACUGCACAUUCCUUUACCGGAAACCGUGAUGAUGCUGAUUAUAUUAAAUGGGUACGUGCAAGUGCCGACUUAGUAAAAGAACGUGAUCAUUUCAGAACCGUUACAGACUCGUUGAAAAGAUAUGAUCAUUUUGCAACACGAGACUUAUUAGUUGAAAUCAUCAAUUAUUAUAUUAAAGAAUAUCUGAGAAAAAGUGAAGGCUUAUCAGAUGCAAAUAUAAAAGAAAUUGAAUAUGAUUUUACACAAGCCUUUCAGCAACAAGAUAUUAUUCGCUAUCUUAUUAAAGCUUAUACAUCACCAGCAACAAAUUUUCAUAAAGUUCUUAAUAAACAUUUAGCAAAAUAUUUGUUGGUUUAUUUCGAUCCGAAUCCUGUCUUUAUAGAGCAUUAUCGGCUCGUUAAUUGUCUAAAAAACAUCGUUGCUCUACUUGUACAUCAUCCAGAUUUUAUCAAUUAUCAUUUCAUCGGUAUAACAUAUCGUGGAAUGUUAAUGACCGAGAAUGACCUCAACCAGUAUCAAAUUGGUUGUCAAAUAAUGAAUCUAACGUUUCUAUCUACAUCGAAAAAUCGAAAGGUUGCAGAAAUCUUUAGUGGUGCAGAAGCACAGAGUAGUUUACGGAAAACACUCGAGCAAACACCCAUUCAAAAACCAGUAAUGUGUCAGUACAAAAUCAGAAAUAUUCGUACUGCUCUCAAUAUUGAACUAAUGUCGAUUGUUCCAGAAGAAGAAGAAGUAUUAAUUACACCGUUUGCAACAUUUAAGGUUACUAGUGUAAAACGACAUGAUCCAAUAACAAAUCCAUCCGUUUUAAUUGAAAUAGAGUUUGAAGAAUAUGAUGCAUCAAUUUCUGAACCCAAUAACUUGUUUGACCUGAUACGACACCAGCAUAAACGAUAUUCUCGGAUUGACCGGUUAGUGAAUCCAGCAAAAUCUUUUCCAAUCGAACAGAGCUACAUUAAUUUAGCUAUAGUAGAUAUCAAAGAACAACAAGAAAAAGAAAAGAAGCUUCGUGAUGCUCAGCACAGUGAUGCGAUCAUCGGUACAUUCGAAGAGAUCCACAGCGCAAAGUCUCUGAUCAAUGUUAAGGACAUUUUUGGAAUUUGCAAGGAUCAAACGAAAAACGUGCUUGUGUUUGGGCGAGCUGGAAUCGGCAAAACAACAUUUUGUCGGUACGCUGCUUAUCAAUGGGCAACCGGCGCAAUUUGGCAACAAUAUAAACUGGUUUUCUUGAUUCCGUUACGAUGUUUGACAGAAAGUAACUAUCCACUAUUGCUAUCUGGCAUUAAUUAUUCUCUAAUUGACCUCGUUGAAAAGGAAUGUUUCUGCCAUAAUCUUUCUGAUAAAGAUAAAACUUUCUUGAGAGAACAGUUUGAUAAAAGUGAAGUUAUGUGGCUUUUAGAUGGCUAUGAUGAAAUCGUGCAAAAUGUACCAGCACAUCUGCAAUAUUUAUUCAAGCAAUUACUUGACACUCCGCACCAUAUCUUGACGUCUCGCCCAUACUCGAAUACGUUGUCAUACGCUGUGCAAAUGACAAUUACAGGUUUUGCAGAUGAUAAUAUCGCUGAGUACGUAAAACAGUUCUUCGACCAGAUUAAAGAUGAGUUAAACGAUGCAUUGUCCAAAGGUCAGAAUCUAUUGAACUUCUUAAAACUGAACCCUAGUAUUUGGGGUAUUGCACAUAUUCCAGUAAACCUAGAACUGAUUUGUAGUCUAUGGGCUGACACGGAUUGGUCGGAGACUAAAGAACUGACAAUGACACAGCUAUAUGACAAGAUUACAGAAUGGCUAUUUCGAAGAUAUAUGAAAAAUCAACAAAACAUUCAAACAACUCAAAUGACUAAACAGGAUGUUUAUAAUUAUUGUCACAAAGAACUGGCAUUCUUAGAAAGCAUCGCAUUUAAUGCAAUGAAAAGCAAUACUAUAAUUAUACGACCCACAUUGCUAAAAGAAACAUUGACGGAGACAAAAUGCUCGUUACAGCACCACCCACGCUUACUUCACAUAGGUAUUCUAAAAUCGUUCAACCAUCAGCCUGUUGGCAAUCAAAUCGAAGCGGACAAAGACUAUUAUUUUGUUCACCUGAGUUUUCAGGAAUAUUUCGCAGCACGAUAUUUGGUUGCUAUUCUCAAGGAUCCUUCACGCCAAGAAGCAAACAAGUUUAUCAAACGCGAGAAGUACAAUCAACGUUUUGCAUUAGUGCUUAGUUUUGUAUGCGGUCUUGUGACUGAGAGUAAUUCUGAAUUAUGGAUAGACACAUUCUGGGACACUAUACUAGGAGAGCCGUUGGAUGUAGUUGGUAUAAGGCACAUACAACUAGUUAUUUCUUGCACUGAGGAGAGUAGUGAUAAUCCAAAUGUUCCUUGUCGAGCCGAGUUGAUCACUUACAUAACAAGAUGGUUGAAAUACGCUGUGUCUACUGAAUACCCUGUGAUACGUAAACAGCUGACAGAUUCAUUGAGAAGGAGCGCAACGUUGGUACAUGAACCAAGAGUAAUAGCCACACUGAUUCAGCUGCUUCAAAACAACGAACCAAACGUGAGAAAGAAUGUGUGUAACUUGAUUUCAAAACUAUCCCUUACAAAAUCUCAGCCUGAGCUGUUUCAUUCACUGAGCACUGCACUUCUUGAUGUGAAUAAGGAUGUAAGGAUGAAUGUAUGUGAGGCUCUCGGGAAACUGGGUGAAAAAGCAGCAACUACUGAAGUGAUUAGAGCACUAGUCACUGCACUUGGUGAUGACAAGGAGAGCGUCAGAUGGUGUACAUGCAAAGCUCUCGGGAAAAUUAGUGGUAAAGCACCAACUGCGCAAGUGAUUAGAGCACUAGUCACUGCACUUGGUGAUGAGGUUGAGUAUGUCAGAAUGAAUGCAUGUGAGACUCUUGGGGAAAUGCGUGACAAGGCAGCAAUUACUGAAGUGUUUAGAGAACUAGUCACUGCACUUGGUGAUGAGAACGAGAUCGUCAGACGAUGGGCAUGCAAGGCUCUCGAAGAAAUGGGCGAAAAAGCACCAACUACUGAAGUGAUUAGAGCAUUCGGUACUAUACUUGGUGAUGAGAAUGCCGAUGUCAAAAUUAUUUCUGCAAAGACUCUCGGGAAAAUUGGUGAAAAAGCAGCAACUACUGAAGUGAUUAGAGAACUAGUCACUAUACUUGGUGAUAAAGACGAAUAUGUCAGAAUGAAUGCAUGUAAGGCUCUCGGAAAAAUGGGGGGAAAAGCAGCAACUGCUGGAGUGAUGAGAGCACUAGUCACUAUACUUUGUCAUGACAAGGGGUGUGUCAGAAUCAGUGCAUGUGAGGCUCUCGCGAAAAUAGGUGAGAAGGCAGCAACUGAUGAAGUGAUUAGAGCAUUGGUCACUAUACUUGGUGAUGAGGAUGAUAGCGUCAGAUGGUGUGCAUGUGAAGCUCUCGCGGAAAUUGGUGACAAGGCAGCAGCUGAUGAAGUGAUUAGAGCACUAAUCAUUGCACUUCGUGAUGAGAAUGCGGAUGUCAAAAUUAAUUCAUGUAAGGCUCUCGGAAAGAUGAAUGAAAGAGCAGCAACUGAUGAAGUGAUUAGAGCAUUAGUCACUAUACUUGGUGAUGAGGAUGAUAGCGUCAGAUGGUGUGCAUGCGAAGCUCUCGCGGAAAUUGGUGAAAAAGCGGCAACUACUGAAGUGAUUAGUGCACUAGUCAUUGUACUUGGUGAUGCGAAGGAGAGUGUCAGACGGUGUGCGUGUGAGGCUCUCGGUAAAAUGAAUGAAAAAGCAGUAACUGUUGAAGUGAUUAGUGCACUAGUCAUUGUACUUGGUGAUGAGAAGGAGAGUGUCAGACGGUGGGCGUGCAAGGCUCUCGAAGAAAUGGGUAAAAGAGCAGCAACUGUUGAAGUAGUUAAAGCACUAGUCACUGCACUCGGUGAUGGGGAUAGGUAUGUCAGAAUGAAUGCAUGUGAGGCUCUCGGAAAAAUGGGGGGAAAAGCAGCAACUGCUGGAGUGAUGAGAGCACUGGUCACUAUACUUUGUCAUGACAAGGGGUGUGUCAGAAUCAGUGCAUGUGAGGCUCUCGCGAAAAUAGGUGAGAAGGCAGCAACUGAUGAAGUGAUUACAGCAUUAGUGACUAUACUGGGUGAUGAGGAUGAAUAUGUCAGAAUGAAUGCAUGUGUGGCUCUGGGAAAAGUAGGUGAGAAGGCAGCAACUGCUGAAGUAAUCAGAGCGCUAGUCACUGUACUUAGUGAUGAAGGAGAGUAUCAGAUGUUGUGCAUGCAAGGCUCUCACGAAAAUUGGUGA